AUGGGCAGACACGCCAACCCGGACAUCCGCCGGGCGUUCCAGGAGUUCCAGGACCAGGACACGCCGUCCAAGUGCAACAAGGUCAAGUGCAUGCACUGCGGCUACGUGCGCGCGAAGAACACGACGCGCCAGAUCGAGCACCUCCAGGAGUGCCAGGCGUACCUGGCCUCGCCCGACGCCCAGGCCCACGUCGCGCCGCACGCCCAUGGGCCGCCCGUCGAGGCCAGCAUCGUGUCGCAGGCCCCCAGCGCCAUCCUGAGCGGCCAGCAGCCCAACCCGAACCUGCAGGUGCACCGCCGCGGGCCCAACAACAAGCGCGCCCGCGACGGCCAGCUGCUUGCGCCCAGCAGCCCCAUGCCCAUGCACCCGCACCACGCCCCCUCGCUCACUGCCCACCUGCUGGCCAUCUGCGCCGCGCCCUUUGCCCACGCCACCCAGCAGCCCUUCCUCUCGCACGCCGGCUGUGGCUCGCUGGCCGCCGGGCCGCUGGCGCAGUGGCUGGUGCAGGACGGCCACUAUGCCCGCGGCUACAUCCGCUUCGUCGGCCAGCUGCUGGCCAAGAUCCGCCUGCCGCAGACGCACAACUCGCAGUUCCACCCCAUGUACCGCACCAUGGACCUGCUCAUCUCCGCCCUGAACAACAUGCGCCGCGAGAUGCAGUUCUUCGAGAUCACCGCCACAAAGUACGGCCUCACCCUGGGCCACGAAGCCCCCACGCCCAUCACCCGCGCCCUGCUCGAUCUGUUUGUGAGCGCCAGCAGCUCCAGCGCCUCGCUCCUCGAGGGCAUGGUGGUCCUGUGGGGGAUUGAGCACUGCUACCGCUCCGCCUGGCAGUACGCCUCGUCCUUCAGCACCACCCUCUCCACGCCCAGCAACGACGCCCACAUCAUAGCCCUCCACCAAGCCUUGAUCCCCAACUGGACAUCGCCUGCCUUCAGCAAGUUCGUGGACGCAACACGGGCCCUCGUCGACGAGCUCGCCAACAUCACCACUACCCGCGACGGCAAAGAAGAGAUGGUCCGCUGCGAGGAGAUCUUCCGACAGAUAUGCUGGCUGGAAGAGCGCUUCUGGCCAGAGGUAGAUGGAAUGGGCGAAGAAGACGACAACUCACAUCUUGCCCCGGCCGGCCUGGGGAUGAGCGGCAUGGACAACAACCCCGUCAACAAUGGCGGAUCCAGCUUCAAUAACGGUCCUAUGAGUGGGCCAAUGACCUCUGCUAUCAAUGGUGGCGACAGCACACCUGUCGGUGACGGCAGAAACAGCUUUACAAUUCCCAACACCAACGGACUCGAUGGCGUCAACCAGGGUCCGUAG